GAGGGGAUACUGGUCUUUCGCGAGACUAUAAAAUACGUGGCAAGCACUCCACUGCUAUUCAGAUUGAUUCUUUAGUCUACUGAUUGAACUUUCAAUAAUCACUCAACCAUGGUUACUAAAACUGCUGCAGUUAAAUCUCCAACUGCCCAGACUUCGGCUUCGAAAUCGAAAAAGUCUUCACAUCCUCCGUCAUCCGAGAUGGUGAUUGCCGCGGUCUUGAAUCUCAAGGACAGAAAUGGUUCUACCCUUCAGGCAAUCAAGAAGUACAUAACUGCGUCGUACGAUGUCAACAUGAAGACGCAAGCGCGCUACAUCACCAAAUAUUUGAAGAGUGCUGUCGAAAGUGGAGUUUUGAUUCAGACAAAGGGAAAAGGAGCUUCUGGUUCGUUUAAACUGUCCGAAGAGAGCAAGGCGAAAGUGAAGGUUCAAAGUGGUGGAAAGUCGAAGAAAGCUACUUCUCCGAAAUCACCAAAAACUGUUUCUGAAAAAAGAACUUCAAAAAUAACGGCGAAACCUCGGAAGGCAAAGUCAACUGGUCAAACCAAAACUGAUAAACGUACAGUGAAAACAAAAGUACCGGUAGCAGUUGAAUCAAAGUCCAAGAAGUCUGCAGCUAAAAAAUAAAUCGCUUUUAGUGGCAAUAAAAAACAU